GAUAAUUCUUACUUUUGGUUUAUUUUCACAAAUUCUAGAAAGAAUUGGAUAAAACAAAAAAAAACAAAAAAACAGAGGUGAAACACUUGUGGAGAAAACAUUGUCUUUCUUGUUAAAGAAUUCCUCCAUGUCUGAAAAUCCAUUACAGCUUCUGUUCAAGACAUACGAGAAAGUAUCGAACUCUAUACAAACCCAACUUGCUCAAUUCAUAGGUGUAAUCCCAAAAGUUCAUUCAUCUCAUAAUAAUAAUGAUGAUCACCAUUCCUUCUCUUUGCUCACUUCUUCAUCUUCUUCCAAGAAUCAACUUGCUUCAACUAUGCUGCUUCAACAUUCUGAAUCACCCAAGAAGGAGAAAAGUUCUAGCCCAGUGACUAAAGAAGAGCUUGGAAGAGCUACUUGGACUUUUCUUCACACACUUGGAGCUCAGUAUCCAGACAAGCCAACCAGACAACAAAGGAAGGAUGUGAAAGAACUGAUGGCAAUAUUAUCUCGCAUGUACCCUUGCAACGAAUGUGCAGAUCACUUCAAAGAAGUUCUAAGAGCAAAUCCUGUACAAGCUGGAUCUCAAGCUGAAUUUUCACAAUGGUUAUGUCACGUGCACAAUGUUGUCAAUAGAAGUUUGAGCAAGCCUAAAUUUCCAUGUGACCGGGUUGAUGCUCGGUGGGGCAAGCUUGACUGUGAGCAGCGCGCAUGUGAUUUGCAAGGCACUGAUAAGUUUUGGUUUUGACACACAUAUUGAAGCUCUUAUAUCAGGAACAUGACAUACAAGAAAAGAUGAUCCCAGAUUUUGUUGUAUCAUUCAAACCUCCAAUCCAAGGAAACAAGAUGCGUAUUUUUGACUUUGAGAGCAUUCAGUAUGUAUUAUAAUACCUCUUCAUUGUUGAAAACUUGAUGUGGCAACCCUUUCCAAGGUGAAGCCUCUGUUCCCAGAGAAAUGUAAAUUUCUUUCUGCAAUGCAAAGUGGCAUCUGUAUCUAUAUUCUUGAAUGCUGGUUAUAAACCUUUGAAAGCCUGGAAGAGACUUAAGUAGUGUUGAUGUUUUCA